AACCAGUCUAAAGCGAAAGUAUCAAAAACUAGGACAUUGCACAUUGCUCUGUAUUUUGGUUCAAAGUCCAUUUAUGGAUCAUUUGGAGGCCGUCAUGGGUAACUCGUUUGGAAAAGCUGCCGUCAUUGACUUUAGCAUACAGUGGGCUCUUUGGGCGGUUGCGUCUAUCUUCAAAACUGAGAAAUUUUACGAUUUAGCAGGUUCAGGAACAUUUUUGUAUCUAGCAUAUCAGACAUUGAAAUGGGGAGGAACUUAUUAUACACGGCAGAAAGUUACAACCGGACUAGUUAUGACAUGGGCUGCAAGGUUAGGUCUGUUUCUGUUUACACGAGUGUUGAAAGAGGGAAAAGACAGUAGAUUCGACAAAGUAAAAGGCAGGCCAGGCAUGUUUUGGAUUUACUGGACAAUACAAGGGAUGUGGAUCUUCACUACUCUGCUUCCAUUACUUGUGUUGAACAACAAGAAAGAAGACAAGCCCCUGUGUACUAGAGAUUAUGUUGGAUGGGGACUGUGGGCUCUUGGAUUUCUCUUUGAAACUGUUGCAGACUACCAGAAAUCUGCUUUCAAAGGCAAUCCUGAUAAUGCUGGCAAAUUUAUCACGACAGGGCUAUGGAGCAUUUCUAGAUACCCCAACUAUUUCGGGGAAAUUUGCAUGUGGCUGGGUAUUUUCAUUUCAUCGACAUCUGCAAUGACAGAGCCUGUGGAAUACGGCUCCGUGAUAUCUCCGCUCUUUGUUAUAUUUUUAUUAUUAAGAGUUAGUGGUAUACCACUACAGGAACGUCAGCAAAUGAAGAGAUGGGGAGAUAAUCCAUUGUUUAAAGAUUACGUUAAAAAAACUGCGAAACUUAUACCAUUUAUUUGGUAAUCUGGGUAUUACCUCAUUUCUGAAAUUAGGAAAACUGUUGGUAAUACAGUCUCAGGUGGCAUGCAAUGUCAUGAAAAUAUAUAUCACAUAGAAGGUCUUUUGUUUAGCAUAGUAUCAUGCUAUGUUUAUAUUCUGCAGCGGAAGUAUUGCACAACUUCAGGUGUUCUCAUACAAAUACAGUUAUUAAAGUGUAACUUCAAUGUUAUAACUAAAGUCAUAUUUGUUGCAAUAAGUUUGCCAGUAGUAUCAGCUGAUACAAAUAAAAAAUGUAUUUAAACUCG